UGGAAGGGAAUUCAAGAUGGCGGACUAAUUAACAGCAAGUUCCUUGUGAAGCUUUAAAGCCAGUGUUUUAUUAUUUUCCGAACAUUAGAGUUUGUAAAACAAGUUCAAAAGUUAUCUUCCAGCCACAAUGUCUCGUUCAGCUUCAAAUUCUGACGUUUACAGGGUUGCACUGACACGAAUGAACCCAAAAACUGUCGAUGAAGAACUGUUGGAAGUUUGUAAACUGAGUGGAGUGAAAAUGGACUCGGAAGUCUUUAAGAUUAUACUGGACCUUAUCAAGUUGAAUGUAUCUCCGACUGCCCUGGUUCAGGUCCUGAGGAAAGUGGCUGCGAGUAAGGGCGAUGAUUCUAGAGGGACGUCAAAAGGCUCUAUUGGAAGUCAAAGUGACAUUACACAAGCCAGUCAAAGUGAUUCCAGUUUGCAAACAAGAACGGAUACAUCUGCGCUGACGUAUCGUUUGAAGGAACUUAAAGCACAGAUGCAGACAGGAGUUUAAAGAUUUCGUAAAUAAAUUGAACCUGGGAAUCGUAUUUAGUGAGUUUUCAACCCAAAAAUGACCAAAUAUGCAACUAAAAAGAAUAUUUCAAAAGUUUCGUACAAUUUGGAAGUUGAGCUAUUUUACUACGUCAUUGCAAAUAUACAUUUUGAAGCAAAAGUAUUCGUAAUUAAAAUCACAGUCACAAGAAACAGGUUUUUCUGUUAUUGUUGUAGAGUACAAAGAGAGACAACAUAGUAAUAUAAAAAGGCACAAAGAAAAAAAAAAAGAAAAAAAAAAGAAAAAAACAGUAAAGUCAGACAAGAAACCUGUGUAACAGUACUUACUAAAUAGCACUGAAUAUUACUUAAGCAGUUAGUAUCAGUGGGAAAAGACUGAUAGAAAUAAAUAUAGAAGCCUCAAUGUAGCUGUAUCAUAUUGUAUUGUAACCAUAACUAGGAGUCAUAAUUGGAUGAAUUAUUUUCAGGAUUCCCAGGGGUCAAGGRAUUUUGUUUAAAGUUAACUAUGAGUAUCCUUGUGGUACUCAUACUGUUUGCAAUUUUCAAAUAGACUGAUAAAUCCUUUCAAAUAAUGAAAAAAA